GAGACCUGCCGUGAGGUGCCGUGGGUUUAAGAGUAGUCGUUCGUCCUCAUCCUUGAUUGCGUUUAUUCUCACCAGUGUUAUGUGUGAUGCGUCGCAGAAGUGCGCUGUUAUUAGACCGAAGAACUUUGCAGUUUAAUCAUGGGUUGCAACCACAGCAAGAAGCUCGAUGAUGAAGACUGUGUCAAGACGAGCAAGCUGAACGAAGCAUCACGUGAAGUGGGGUGCAAAGAAUUAGUCAACAAUGAAAAGGGGAAAAACUCUGAGAAAAAGCCAAAGAGAGGACGUGUCCUUGAAGGAAAGCUUAGCUUUGAUGCUGUUGUCACGGAGAAAUAUGAGAUCAAAGCGCUCAUAGGAAGAGGUUCAUUUAGUAGAGUCGUCCGUGUUGAACAUAAGGAAACAAAACAACCUUACGCGAUCAAAAUGAUAAAGGUUCGUGGUGGUAAAGACAGCUUCGAGUCCGAAGUUGCUGUUCUAAGAAAGGUGAAGCACGAUUACAUUGUUCAACUGUAUGAAGUUUUUGAGUGUCCAGAGAGGAUCUAUCUGGUUAUGGAGCUCGCAACAGGCGGUGAACUCUUGGAUCGCAUCGUUUGUCGGGGAUCUUUUACCGAACACGAUGCUACUCGAGUCCUUAUUAUGGUACUAGAGGGAGUUAGUUAUUUACACUCUCUUGGAAUAACUCAUCGUGAUUUGAAGCCGGAAAAUUUAUUGUACUAUCACCCUGGAAACGAUUCCAAAAUCAUGAUUACCGACUUCGGAUUUUCGAGCGCUUUUCAAAACUCCGACAGCGCGACAAUGGAUACAAUUUGCGGAACACCGGAGUACAUUGCACCAGAAAUACUCAAGAGGCAACCGUAUACAAAUGCAGUCGACAUGUGGGCUAUCGGGGUUAUCACGCACAUUCUUUUGAGCGGAGAAAUGCCAUUUUCAGACGAGAAUCGUACGAGGAUGUAUCAUGCAAUUUUGAAGGCAAAGUAUUCGUAUAUCAGUGAGGCAUGGAAGGAUGUAUCAGAACAAGCAAAGAACUUUAUUGACAAGUUACUGGUAGUAGAUCCUUGUAAACGGAUGACUGCUGACCAAGCUCUUAGAGAUCCAUGGAUUGCACUUAGUGUUGCUUCCUCAAAUUUGAAAGACCUUCAUCGUUCCUUCAGCCAAAAUUGGUUGAAAAGUAGCUCUCGGCUUAACAGUGCUAAAUCAAAUGCUUCUCAGAACUGGGUGAAAAAUGGCUCUCGAUUGAGCAGUGCAAAUUCAAAUGCAUCUCAAAAUUCUACCAGAUCUUUGCGGUCAGGUAGAUCCAAACGGAAAAAUAGCUCCACAGUUCCACAGGAGACAACUGUACAAAGUGAAGAGAUCAAACAAAGUGGAACCAAAUCGAAAGAUUUGAGGGAUUCAAAUGUUAAGCUAACAAAGCAUUCUGUAAUUAAUGAGGAUGACAGAGAAUUUUUUAACAGUACUAAUACAGAGCACGAAGGUGAAGUUGCAGUUUUAAAAGUAACUACAGAAUGGGAUAACAACUGGCAACAUGGCGUGAGACAAGGUCCUGAUUUCAAUGGGCAAACUAUUGAUUCAACUUGGAAAGUGCAAAGCAUGGCAGAUGAUUCAAAUGAGGAAAUACAGACAAAGCCAAUUCCCAUUGUGAGAAAUGGAGCACAGCUGUCACAUUUAGUAUUGAGAGAUAAUUUCUUUGAAGAGCAAACUGCUCAAGAGACAUCCCAAAACUGGUUCCAGGAUAGCAUACGUAGAACUUCUUAUGCAGGAGAAUCUCUAAGCAAAUUUCACUCAUUGUCUCCAUCAAGGAAAAACAAAGUAUUUUGCACCUAUGAUAGCAGUUAAUUACUGUACAUAUUUUUUCAGACAAAUUUUUAUACUCAAAAUAUUUCACUCAAUGAAUUUUAUAAGAAACAUAGUAUUUUGCACUUGUGAAGUGCAAGUUGCUCCAUUCAUGGAAAUUGUUUACAGUUAAUUUAGUCUUAUUUCAAGAUUGCCCUCAAUUAUCAUGAUAUCGUCUUCAGUCAUCACCAAGCAAAAUUCUAACAUUUGGGCUAUGGCAACAUUAUUUUCCAUUUCCAAGCUUCUAUUGCAUACCUUAUUUAAGAUCCCAGGACAAGUGGAUUUUUUUUAAGGGUAUCAACGUUUCCAUUCCACUUUGUGUGUUUGCAUCAUGUUACAUGUACCUCAGUCUUCCGUUAACCCAUAGAUGAAACAAAAUAAUAAAUCACUUAAAAUAGUGAUUGAUAAAAUUUUAUAAUUGCAUUUAAAUGUAUAUGAAAAAUUUUAUGAAGGUUGUGUCUUGUGUCCAGGUCUCUGAAGAAUAUAAUAUAUACAAGUAUAGUUACUGAAAUUACCAAGCUGCAUGAUGGAAAAAAUCUUUGUACUGUCACCAAUUCACUUUCUUUCAAUGAUCUGCCCCAUAUUCUCUGGUCUGUCAUCAGUUGUUACAAGCCAUUCCCAAACUUUCCCUAAAGAGUUAAUAACAAUUGAUAGAUUACAGUUUCUAGUAAAGCUUGAUGGGGUAUUAUUAUUAUUAUUAUUAUUUUAGGUAAAAAGACUAGAAAUUGCCUCAUCUAUGGAAAUCAUUUUUAACUUUUAAAAAGUCAUCCAAAUAAUUUAUGGAAGUUGUCAAAUGAAGUAGUGUAGGUCCCAGUACUGUAUUCCAAGACCAAGUUCACAGCUCAGUGAUAAUCCCAGUAUUGCAGCCAAAAUUAAUUUUAGUCUUCCUUGGGUAAUUAAGACCUGGACACAUUUAUUGACUUUGAAAGUAAUAAGAUAUAUUUUCUUAUCAGAAACUUUAUACAUAUUUUUACUUUUAUAUAUUGAUCUAUUGUAAAUGUGAAUUUUGUAUAUCCUGGUGUAAGGACACACUAUAAAUAUCACUAAGUAUGUAACUAUGACCAAAUAAAAUGUAGAAGAUUUCAAGAUUUCUGGAAAUUGUGAAAUCAGAAUUACCUCAAAUUUAAUAUAAUGUCAAAGCUGGAGAUGUAAAAUAAGUAUUUGAGUUAUAGAGAUGUAUUUAUUUCAUGUACACAUGCUGUAAAUAGAAUGCAGAGUAAGAAACUCUCUGAUUUUUACUUGGAAAAUCAGUAUGCCAUGUGUACAUGUAUUUUAUACCAGAUACAUGCAUAUGAAAAUUAUGCUGGUCAUAAAUAUAUAUAUAGUGUGUGUAUAUUAUAUAUAUAUUCCAGAUGUUUCCAUAUAAGGAUGGUUUUGUUUGUUGUAGUGGUUUUAUGUGGUACUUUAAUGUUUCAAAUUAUCAUAGUGAAGAUGAUGAGUCUCUUAAUACUUAUAGGAUAUGAACUGAAUGAUCAUUCAAAUCAAACUGGAUGUAACUCCUUAAAAAAGCUGAAGUAUUUAAUUAAAACCUUAUCAAUUGAUGUA